UAGUUUGUUUGGUAGCUGCUGCUUGCUAGUGGGGUUUGGUUUCGUUUUUAUUUAUUAUAAAUCAGUUACCACAGUUUAGUUGCUAGUUUAAACAGCAGCUAGCCGCAACGAGCUUCAGUCGUAGUCGCACUCGCGCUCCCAAGUCUACACUUGUUAAUUGUGGCCAGGCGGGCAUUCUAAAACAAAAAUAAAAAAAAACAACAACAACAUCGAAAGCGAAACCGUGAGAAACGACAGCUGCUGCUGCGUGUGUUGUGCCAGGAUACAACGACUUGAAAGACGAAAAAAGCAAAACACAAACAAAGUACAAGUGUAAGUGCAAGUAGUGCCAAAGUGUUAAACAAGUUGCCAAAAAAAAAAAAAAAAAAAAACCAAAAAAAAAAAGAACAACAAUAAUAGACGACAUUAAAACAGCAUGUGCUUAAAUGAAGAGCUACAGCCAAUUUAAUUUAAACGCUGUUGCCGCCGCACCGCCCGCCAUUGUCUACGAGAACGCAGCCGCAGCAGUAGCAGCCGGCAGCAAUAGCAACUCCUUGGAGCAUACUCAGCUGCACACUCACAGCCAGGAUAUGCCGCACUUUGGACUGGGCAGUGCGCCGCCGCCACAGCAGCAGCAGCUACAAGUGCAUCAUCAACAACAACAACAACAACAACAACAACAACAGCAGCAGCAACAACAACAACAACAACAAAUGCAACUGUCCAUGCUGCCGGUAGCUGUGCCAGGUCCAUACCGGUCGCACAUUGAGGAAAAGAAGCUGACGCGCGAUGCCAUGGAGAAGUACAUGCGCGAGCGCAACGACAUGGUCAUCGUCAUACUGCACGCCAAGGUGGCACAGAAAUCCUAUGGCAAUGAGAAGCGUUUCUUCUGCCCGCCACCGUGCAUCUAUCUGUUUGGCAGCGGCUGGCGUCGACGCUACGAGGAGAUGCUGCAGCAGGGCGAGGGCGAGCAGGGGGCACAGCUAUGCGCAUUCAUUGGCAUUGGCAGCAGCGAUCAGGAUAUGCAGCAGCUAGAUCUCAAUGGCAAACAGUAUUGUGCAGCGAAGACGUUGUUUAUAUCGGAUUCGGAUAAGCGCAAGCAUUUCAUGCUAUCGGUGAAAAUGUUCUAUGGCAAUGGCCACGACAUUGGCGUAUUCAAUUCCAAGCGCAUCAAGGUCAUCUCGAAGCCGUCCAAAAAGAAGCAAUCGCUCAAGAAUGCCGACCUGUGCAUAGCCAGCGGCACCAAUGUCGCCCUCUUCAAUCGCCUGCGCUCCCAAACUGUCUCGACUCGGUAUCUGCACGUGGAGAACGGGCAUUUCCAUGCCUCAUCGACACAGUGGGGCGCCUUCACGAUACAUCUGCUCGAUGAUAAUGAAUCCGAAUCGGAGGAGUUUCAGGUGCGCGAUGGUUAUAUACACUAUGGUGCCACCGUUAAGCUGGUAUGCUCUGUUACGGGCAUGGCGCUGCCGCGUCUAAUCAUACGCAAAGUGGAUAAACAGAUGGCGCUGCUGGAGGCCGAUGAUCCGGUCUCGCAGCUGCACAAGUGCGCCUUCUACAUGAAGGACACGGAUCGCAUGUAUCUGUGCCUGUCCCAGGAGAAGAUCAUACAAUUUCAGGCCACGCCCUGCCCAAAGGAGCCCAACAAGGAAAUGAUCAACGAUGGCGCCUGCUGGACAAUCAUAUCCACCGACAAGGCCGAAUAUCAGUUCUACGAGGGCAUGGGUCCCGUUGCCUCACCGGUGACGCCAGUGCCAAUUGUCAAUUCGCUGAAUCUUAAUGGCGGCGGCGAUGUGGCCAUGCUGGAGCUGAGCGGCGACAAUUUUACGCCGCAUUUGCAGGUCUGGUUUGGCGAUGUCGAGGCGGAGACCAUGUAUCGCUGCGCCGAAACGCUGCUCUGUGUGGUGCCUGAAAUCUCACAAUUUCGCGGCGAAUGGCUUUGGGUGCGACAGCCAACGCAGGUGCCAAUAUCGCUGGUACGCAACGAUGGCAUCAUUUAUGCCACUGGGCUCACAUUCACUUAUACGCCGGAGCCGGGUCCGCGAUCGCAUUGUAAUCAGGCUGACGAUGUUAUGCGUACGCGUCACAACAACAAUAACAUCACAAGCAUUAGCAACAAUAAUAACAAUAGCAACAACAACAACAAUAACAACAACAACAACAACAACAGCAGCAAUUCACCAGCUGGCGGCUCCAGCUUACAGCAGAGCAUGCAACAGCAAACGCAUCAAACGCUACCCUCCAUCUCGGAAGUGCAAUGGAAUAGUCAUGGGAGCGGCUUGUCUUGAGUGCGGCAGUAUUGCUAUUAUUUGCAAUUUCAUAUACAUUUAUUUAUGCCAAGUUAUUUAAAGUUCGUCUAGCACAUAUUUAGUUUUUAAACACAUGCUUAGUUCUUAAGUUGUUCACUCUCCACUCACUCUCACUCUCUGAAUGCGAGGCGAACAAAACGAAAAACCAAUUUCAAGUUGACCAAUAUUAUCAUUUUGUAGUGCUAGCCGGUACCAAUAGAUGUAUAAAUGCAAAAUAUAUAUUUGUAAAUAACUCGAAAGAGCUCACUGACAUAAAGAAUUAAAUGUAACUCUAGUUAAAUAUACAUUUAUAUAGUAUAUAGAACAUUUGAUCUAUAUGCUGGGCCUAUGCGUUGUGCCAACUCAAUUGGAUCGCCCAUAUAUUUAUAUAUAUAACAACUGUUUGCUGAACAUCUUGUACAACAUUCCACUUUAAAAAGCUACAGUCAACAGGCACACUUGAGAACAAUUUAUAUCAAGCGCAACAUAAGCCCAGCAUUAGACCAUAUACAUAUAUAUAUAAAUA